UGAAGGGCGGCAAUGUCGCACUCGGCAUCUGAACCGAACUCGAGGACAAUGUCCGAAUCCGACUGACACUGCGGGGUCUGCUGUCAACCUGUGGCCAAAAGCGGGACCGAACAGAGAGGAGUGGCGUCGCACCGCUGAACAGGAAAACCCAGUCAUUACGCUACAAGCAUGAAGAAAUCGGAGAACAUGAUGCGCGACCUGGAAGACUACUUCCGGAUCCGCUUCGAGAACAAGAUCGCAAUCCGGCCACGGCGCGAGGACUGCCACCUGGCGGCCGCCACGCGGCUGCUGGCGCGCAAGCAGGAGCUGUCCGAGGUGGAGGGCGCGCUGGGGCGGCGCAAGACCUGGUACCAGCUGCGCAUGCAGGAGAUCUCCGACGAGCGCGCCAUACUGGAGGAGCGCGAGAAGGGCCUCAAGACGUCACUGCUCAAGUUCGACAAGUUUCUCAAGGAGAACGACUCGAAGCGGCACCGGGCGCUGAAGAAGGUGGAGGAGGAGCAGGGCCUGCAGCUGUCCAAGGACCGUGAGAUCGCCAAGCUCACCGAAGACCUGCAGGAGCUCAACGAAUUCAAGGGGUUGACCCAGGAGACGGUGGACCGCAACAAGCUGUUUCAAGACUUCAUGGAGAAGGCUGUAGAGGCGACGGAAGAGUACGAGGAGGUACAUGACGUCAUGAACCGGUACGACAUCCUCUCCGUCACCAAGGAGUACCUUAUGCGACGCGAGCAGGGGAACCAGGACCUGGUGGAGGAUGCUAAGCUGGAACUCAUUCAGUACUCGGAGGAUCGUAACACGGAGAUCCUGGGCCUGAACAACCGGCUGUCGGAGCUGCAGUCGCGGUAUGACAAGGCGCAGCAGGCCGUCAUCACGUGGGAGAACACGUGGACGCGCAUCAAGAACACGGCCGCCAAGAAGACCCUGCUGCUCGGCCAGGUGAAGAUGGCCAUCCACAACCUGUACCAGCUGUGCAACCGGUACCGCCUGAGCGCCGAGGAGGUGACCGCCUGCUACGACCCCAACGCCCAGCUGGACCGCAUACGCGAGGUGCUCGAGGACCUGGUCUUCGUCAGCGGCGAGUGCCGGCGCAACGAGCAGCAGCUGCAGCAGGAGACGGCCGCGCAGGCCAGCUACUAG